GCACACCGAGAUCCACAUGUCCUUCUGAGGGUCCAUCAGUGAUCAGUGACUUCUGAGGGAACAAGCAGGGAUACAGCGGGCAUGGUGUUUCUGUGCCGCAGCAGCUGAUGAUGUUCCUGCGCUCGUGUUCAGUGGCACUGAGAUGCUUCAGAAGCCCCCGCGUCUCCAUCAGAGUCUUCAGCUCCAGCCGCAGCGCCGGGAAAGAAAGCGCUCUGGAUCUGGACUCCUGGAAGACGGUGAUGAGGUCUCAAGCGCUGCGGGAGGAGAGCCACAGCCAGAGUCCGAGUCGCUCAGCGCUGGAGGAUAACCGCGAGCUGGUGGAGAUGUGGCAUCAGGCGGGAAAGUUCGUUCCCAGGAACAUCACAGACGAGCAGCUGCAGGAUCUCGCUCGGCUCGCAACCAGAUCCGCCAAGAAGAAAUACCUGAAGUUCCUGGCCAUUAAAGAGUCACACAAGAUCUCCAAGAAGGAGAAGCAGGAGAGGAAGAAAUCCCACACUGAGACUUUUAAAGAGAGCGUGAAGGAAGAAGACCGCGAGCUGAAGAACACCUUCCUCCUGCGGUUCUGGAGCAGCUCCGCGGAUCGAGUCCAGAGCUGGAGAGCGGCGCAGGCCAUGCGCUUCGGUCAGCCGCUGGUGUACGAUAUGAGCUACGAGCAACACAUGAGCCGGCGGGAGAUGGAGAACACCGUCGCGCAGCUGAUGGAGAGCGAGGGCUGGAACCGGCGUGCCGCGGACCCCUUCCACCUGCACUUCUGCGGCCUGCAGCCAGACGGCGCAUAUCUGCACGAGCUGCGCAGACGCUACGGAUCGCAUACAUGGGAUCAACUGCUGAUCACGGCCACCGAGCGAACGCACCUGGAGAUGUUUCCUCAGCAGGAUCUGGUGUAUCUGACGGCUGAUUCCAAGCAAGUUCUGCAGGUAUCUGCUAUGACGGUGUCAAAUAUUCAAAAAAAUCUGUCAUAAUACAGUAUACAGUUGAGGUCAAAAGUUUACA